UCAGCAUGUAUUUCAGUCCUUCGAGAAUUAAACACUUGUUUCUAUUAAAAUUUAUUAUAAAUAAUAUACUUAAUAUUGUAGUAAUAUUAAAAUGAACAAUUAGCACGGUGUUUGUGUAUUCUUUUUUAUUAAUGACUGAGUAGGUAGUUUCUACGGACAUGUAUGUAUGAAAUAAAUUAUAUUUUAACCAAUACCCAUAACGUUUCAAUACAAAAUAAAAUUAAUAUUCACGUCAAGUAGAAAACAAUAAAAUGGAAACGGAGAAAGAAGCAGAAGAUGUAAAUAGUAUGGAAAUUAGACAACGUAAAGAGAAAAAAGAGUUGCAAGCCCAAAUUCAAGCAUUGAAAAAAGUAGCUAAAAAUGACAAAACAAAAAAGAAAGAUCUUGCUGCUGAAAUAUCAAGGCUUGAAAGUGAAUUAGAAAUUAGACACAAUAAGGAGAUUAUGGAAGCAAAACUUUCUUCUGAACACAACUUAGAACCAAUGGUAGAUGAAACAAGAGUUAUCAAAACAAAAGUAUCUAAAGCGCAACGGCGCCGAGAUAAAAAAUCAGAACAAGAGAAAAUCCGCGAAGAAGAAAUAAAACUUCAAGACAAGGAAAAUGUUCAUGGAGCUAGGAACAUUGAAAUACAAACUAUUACCAAAAGGCUUGAAGAAAAAAAUUUGAAAAUUUUUGCUGUUCCAUCAGAUGGAGAUUGUUUAUACAAAGCUGUAAGUCAUCAGUUGCAACUUGUGAAACAAGAGACUGUAAGCGUGGAUGAAUUAAGAGAAAAAGUUUCAAAUUACAUAAGGGAUAACAAAGAUGAUUUCAAACCUUUCAUGUGUAACCCAGAAACACUAGAAACAUUAACAGAUGAGGAAUUUGAAGAUUAUUGUCAUAAAAUAAUGAAUACCAAAGAUUGGGGUGGUCAAUUAGAACUUAGAGCCUUGUCAAACAUUUUAAAGUGUCCGAUAAAUGUGAUACAAGCUGUAGGACCUGAUUGUAUAGAGCAGGGCACAGAAUUUGAAGGCCCACCAUUGAUAAUCACAUAUCACAGGCACAUGUAUAGCUUAGGUGAACAUUAUAAUUCAACCAAUUUGAUUUCAGUUAGUGAGAAUACCUCAUAAAAUACAAAUAACUUUAAAUAUAAAAAACAGAUGUGCAUAAUUCAAGAAAAGAGAAAAUAAUAAUUCUUUUUUUAUAAAGUUAUGUAAAAAGGACAUUUGAAAUGGUAACAAAUACAGUUUAGUAUAUAAUAAAAGCAUUACAUAA